AUGAGAGUAUCCGAGGCCAGCGCAAUUUUCCGCGUUUUUCUCUACGAAUUCUGUCAGUUUGUUCAUAGUUACGAAAAAAGCUUCUGUGUAUUGGCGGAUCAAAGAAAUUGGCCACUUGGAGAGAAUUUUCAAUUUUUAAUGAUUUGUGCCUUAUGCGGCUGUUUCGGUGUCACCAUCACAUUUUUUGCAAUUCAUUUCGUAUUCCGGUAUUUUGCUCUAGAAAGACAAGGCCGUUUGUCCUAUUUCCAAGGGUGUUAUUUCGUAAUUUGGCUCACGAUUCCAGUAAUUUUCGGAGUUUUAUGGGGAAUGACAAUUGGUUAUUUUGUGGGACCGGAUGCAGAAAAAACCGAGUAUUUGAGAGAAAGCAUUCUAACCAGCUACAACUUAUCCAUGGAUGACGUCACUUAUGUCGGAUCUGUUUAUUGGAGGAAAAAAGAAGAUGGAGGGGAAGAAAUUGUCUUGGAUAGUAUAAUUGCGAUGGUAAUUUUUAUGGCUAUGAUGACCACCUCAUUUACUGUUGUCUGCUAUUAUGGAUACAAAAGUUACGAAAGAAUCACAUCAUUGAUCUACGAAGGAGAGUCAGCGUACACCAGGAAUCUACAGAAACAAUUAUACAAGGCGCUGGUUGUGCAGGCAAUUAUCCCAACCGUCCUAAUGUAUGCUCCAGUUGGUUCCUAUCUAGUCCUUCCAUUCUUCGGUGUCAAUAUUGCUCCAUUCAGUAAACUUGUCACUUUUGUGUACGCUGCUUAUCCGGCAGUUGAUCCACUUCCAUUGAUGUUUAUCAUUGAUAAUUAUCGGAAUGCUAUAUCGGGAGUGCAAAGGUUCUUGUCAUCGCACGAUGAGGAGUUCGCAAGAAAGGUGAAAGACCUAUGGAAUGUGAAAAGCAACGCCUAUAGCCUUCAUCACUUCUGUAAUAAUUGUGGGAAGAAAACUGGACCGAAAAAAAAGUACCACAUAGAAGACGUUUUGCAAAGAAGGGAGAAUUUGAGAAGGGGAGAGGAGAAAAUGCACAAUCUGGGAGCUCCAAUUUUUAGAAGAGUUUGGCAGCAAGAAACACCUAGUUCCCAACAUCUCCAUCUGUCUGGAAUCUUGUCAGUUGAUGGAGUCAGUGUACCAGGAUCUACGAAGAAGCUAUGGCCGGUGUCUGUUAUGAUUGUGGAUCUUAGCACGGCUGACAUGCAGAAGAGUUCUAACAUUAUUCUGGAAGGGAUUGUUGAAGGAAAUGCGAAUCCGUCUACUGCACUUUGGACCAGUAUAAUUCCCAUGAUUUUCAGCGAUUUCGAAAGUCAAAAAAGAGCUAUUGGUACACUCGGAUACCAACUCCAUCUGGUAACGUUUGUUGGCGAUCAACCAGUAAGAUGA